CAUAAUGGCUUGUGUCCAAUCUGGACACAAGUGGGGGCUUAUUGGUAUUUUCACCGAAAUAAAGGGAGAGGCCCACAUGUGUAAAACGGAGUCCGUUUGCUUUGCUGGCCAAAAUUUCAGAUUUCAAAAUUUUUGAAUUUGAAGGAGCUCAGGUAUUUAAUACUCACAGUGUACUCUCUCUCUCCUCCUUGUUAUUCUCUCUCCUCCUUCAAAGCAGUCGAGGUUCCAUUUGUGCUCCUCCUUCUAUCCAAUUUCGCGGCGAAAGUGUUCUGGGCAAAAAAUUCACACCUCCAUUUUCAAGACGAGCUAGGAUUGUUCGUUAAUUUGGUGAAUUCGUGAUAAGAAAUUGCGCUGGAGGAAGAAUUAUUUGUCAUCAAGAGGAAAAUGGGUAAACGUAAUGCUCCACUUCCAAAGGAGAAAAAAACGGAGGAAGACGUUGUUAAGGGAAAGGGCGUGUCUACAAGGGCAGGAGCACGAACGAGAACAACUGCAUGUGGACUAAAGGCAGUGGAAGGUUCUUCCAGUGGAAAGAAGAGAAAAGUCUAUGAUGCGGAGACUAGUGGAGAGGAGGAGCCACGUACAGAGAGCAACGAUGACGAGGACGUCGUGUUCUACCUGGACCACCUGAAUGUUGUUCCUAGGCAAUGGUGUGUUAUGCCGAGGGUGGCUGUGUGGUCCCAAUCUGAUGUGGAUGCCCUGAUAGAGGCAGACAAGAAAGCUGGAGGUGACUAUGGAAGAACUCAGUCUGUUGAUGUUGCUUACGGCGAGAGACACCAUCCUCGAUUGCCAAGAGAUAUGUGGGGUUCCUACAUUGCAAAAGAGGUUCUGAAUGUUUUAACAAGCCGAUUUGAGAGAAUCGAGGAGCAAAUGCACAACCAAGGAGAGGUUUUAAGAAGUAUGAAACUUGAUUUGUCAAGAAUAGUAGGGGUGAGGGAACAAGAUAGUGGGUUGAAGGACACUCAAAGUGGAGGUACAAGUGGUGGUAGUGUGAGUGGUGUGGCUGUUUGCCCUGCUCUCGGAGGUACGCAGACAAUGAGGCCGACCACAAUUCCUACGGCCACUGCACAGCAGUUUGGAGUUCCGUCGCCGGUGGGUUUUGCACCGGCAUUUGGUUCAGCUCGGGGUUUUGGCACCCGAGGCUUUGGGUUCCCUCCUCCUUCCACUUCAGUCUCUCCAGUUUUGGUGAGUGAUCCUAUAACCCCUGAUCCUUCUUCUGCGGUUACCUCAGAUGUUCUUGGAUUUAUGGCUCCCUCUUCCUCUGAUUGUUCUGUCCCUACGAAAUCUAUGACCACGCUACAGACUGAAGUACAAUCUCCUGCUCAGAAGCCGGUAAUCACCACUGAAAUUUUAAAGGGAGUUUCACCUCUUAGGAGCUCCCGGAAGAGUCGUACUGAUAUGGAGAAGGAAUUGGUUGCUUUCAUCAAGGAGUGCUAGGGAAAUAGCAAGUAAAUGUCAAACUUUUUAG